UCCGAGCGAUCCUCUCGGCUCGUCUGUUUCUCUGCUUUCUACCAGUGCCAGUCCCAAAACGCUUCUCUUAUCAAAGAAACGCAACAAAAACUGCAUUCAAUCACAGCAUUAUCAUGGGGACUGUUUGUUUUUCAUGGCACUUUUGUUUGUUUUUCACUUUCAUUUAUACUUGCGGUGUUACGGCAAACGAUGGACCCACAGAUGCAGAUGAAUGUUCUGAGGCAACGGAUGACUGUCACAUUGAUGCACUUUGCCAAAAUACCCCCAAAUCUUUCAAAUGCAUCUGUAAACCAGGCUAUAAGGGUGACGGGAAACAGUGUGAAGACAUUGACGAAUGUGAUAAUGACUACACUGGCGGCUGUGUUCAUGAGUGCAUCAACAUUCCAGGCAACUACAGGUGCACUUGCUAUGACGGCUUCAUGCUUGCACAUGAUGGACACAAUUGUCUGGAUGUGGAUGAAUGUGCUGACAAUAACGGUGGCUGCCAGCAGAUCUGUGUGAACACCAUGGGAAGCUAUGAGUGUCUGUGCAAGCAGGGCUUUUUCCUGAGUGAUAACCAGCACACCUGUAUCCAUCGUUCCGACGAUGGGAUGAACUGUAUGAACAAAGAGCAUGGGUGUGCCCAUAUAUGCAGGGAGACGCCCAAGGGUGGGGUAGCCUGUGAAUGUCGACCCGGCUUUGAGCUUGCCAAAAACCAAAGGGACUGCACAUUAACCUGUAACUAUGGAAAUGGAGGAUGCCAGCACACAUGUGAUGACACGGACAGCGGCCCUGUCUGUGGCUGUCAUCAGAAGUAUGCUUUACACUCGGACAGCAAAACGUGUAUCGAGAAGGAUGAGGCUGCAAUUGAGAGCUCUGAGUUCAAUGCCACGUCAGUAGCUGAUGUGGACAAGCGGGUGAAACGGCGGCUAUUUAUGGAAACCUGCGCUGUUAAUAAUGGAGGCUGUGACCGGACAUGCAAAGACACAGCCACUGGGGUCCGUUGCAGUUGUCCAGUUGGAUUCACCCUGCAGCCUGAUGGGAAAACAUGCAAAGAUAUAGAUGAAUGUCUGGUGAACAAUGGCGGUUGUGACCAUUUCUGCAGGAACACGGUCGGCAGUUUUGAGUGCAGCUGUCAGAAAGGACACAAGCUCCUAACGGACGAGCGCAGCUGUCAAGAUAUCGAUGAGUGCUCUUUCGAAAGAACAUGUGACCACACGUGUAUUAACUACCCAGGGAGUUUUGAAUGCCUGUGUCACAAAGGUUACACACUCUAUGGACAGACGCACUGUGGAGAUAUUGAUGAAUGCAGUAUUAAUAAUGGCAGUUGUGAGCACGGGUGUGUAAACACAAUGGGUAGCUACGAAUGUCUCUGCCCGUCUGGGGUGAAGCUACACUGGAACAAGAAGGAUUGUCUUGAGGCGGUGAAAUGUCUCCCGGACGCCAAGCCUGUCCCCAAGGCGCAGCUCAUCUGUGCCAAGACUGGAGGAGUGGACAGCUGUUCAUUAUCCUGCCCAUCUAACGCACUGUUUGUUGUAGACUCUGAAAACAGUUACACUUUAAGCUGUGGAGUUCCAGGACAGAUGACAAAAUCCCCACAGAAUCGGAACAGAACCUUAAUCAGCUGCGGAGAUACCUUAGUUCCGCCUAUUAAGCAGAAAGCAAGGUUUAAAAUUAAAGAUGCCAAGUGUCAUCUAAGACCUCGCAAUAAGGAGAAAUUAAAAGAGGCUUCAAGACCAACCUUGACAGGAGGUCAAUUCCCUUGUACAGACAACUGCCAGGUGACUUUCGUGAACCUGAAGUGUGACUCCUCCAAGAAGAGGCGACGGGGCCGCAAGUCCCCCUCCAAAGAGGUGUCGCACAUCACUGCUGAGUUCCAGGUGGAGAUCAAGGAGGAGGAAGUAUCAGAGUCUUGCAAUAUUGAUUGUGUCCGUAAGAGGAUGGAACAGAAGCUGCAGGCGGCGAUCAAGACCCUAAAGAAGUCAAUCAACAAGCAGCAGUUUUACAUCCACUUCUCUGGGAUGGAGUACGAAGUGGCCCAGAAGCCAGCGAAGAUGGCUGAGAGCCAGGAGCUGUGCAGCACGGGACAGGUCCUCCAGGACGGGAAGUGUGUGAGCUGCAGUGUGGGGACGUUCUACAGGGGAGAGCAGGAGCAGUGCAGCCAGUGUCCUCCAGGCUCCUUCCAAGACACUGAAGGGCAGCUGUCCUGUGAGCCUUGCCCAAGCAAUGAAGUGCAGGGAAUAGCUGGGGCCAGGAACGUCUCUGAAUGUGGAGGUCAGUGCUCUCCAGGGCACUUCUCAGCGGAUGGAUUCCGGCCCUGUAGGCCUUGCCCUCUGGGCACAUACCAGCCUGAACCUGGGCGAGUGCUGUGCUUCCCAUGUGGAGGAGGCCUUAUGUCCAAAUAUGAGAGCGCAGUUUCUUUCCAAGAUUGUGAAACCAAAGUACACUGUUCCCCUGGUCACCAUUACAACUCGACCACACACAGAUGUAUUAGAUGUCCUAUUGGAACCUACCAGCCUGAGUUUGGCCAGAACUACUGCAUAACCUGCCCAGGAAAUACAACUACAGAUUUCGACGGCUCCACAAACGUCACGCAUUGUAAAAACCAACAGUGUGGAGGUGAGCUAGGAGAUUACUCAGGCUUUAUUGAGUCGCCCAACUACCCAGGAGACUACCCGUCAAACGUGGAUUGCAUCUGGAAUAUAAACCCACCCCCAAAGAGGCGUAUUCUCAUAGUGGUGCCAGAAAUCUUUCUUCCCAUCGAAGAUGAGUGUGGAGAUGUUCUAGUCAUGAGAAAAAGUGCUUCACCUACCUCAAUAACAACAUAUGAAACUUGCCAGACAUAUGAGAGGCCCAUAGCGUUUACAUCAAGGUCUCGCAAACUCUGGAUUCAGUUUAAAUCUAAUGAGGGUAACAGUGGCAAGGGAUUUCAAGUGCCAUAUGUCACUUAUGAUGAGGACUACCAGCAGUUGAUAGAAGAUAUUGUACGUGACGGGAGGUUGUAUGCUUCUGAAAAUCAUCAAGAAAUACUAAAGGACAAAAAAUUGAUUAAAGCACUUUUUGAUGUACUGGCUCACCCUCAGAACUACUUCAAAUACACUGCACAAGAAUCUAAGGAGAUGUUCCCAAGAUCCUUCAUUAAGCUGCUCCGGUCCAAAGUUUCCAGGUUCCUACGGCCAUACAAAUAGUCCCCCAGUGAAAGCUCAUUCUCUACAUUCCUGCUCCAAAUCCCCCCAUCUUUCAAACACAAAAGAAAGGAAACACUCUGCUCCAAGCUUCUUUCAUUUCUUGUCUGGACAUUCUUUUUUGUUGUCAAAGACUAUUUAUAUUUUAUGUGCUAUAAAUUGCAGAAACCAA